CUCGACGCCACCAGCUUGGCGCCUGCGUCGUUCACCCGAACAAAAGGCCCCUGCACACGUUGUGACUGCCUGCUUUGCCGGUUAGAAGUGCUCGCUGCCGCCGCCGCGCCACCCGCCAACCCCGUCAACUCACUCUUGCUCUCGUCUUGCUAAUCACCCGUCAUUUCGCCUCUCCGCACCGCCGCCUCUUCCGCCGUUGCCGUCGCCGCCGCGUCCCACCUCACCCUCCACUCCGCGCGCAUCACUACGCGCCGCUCCCUCUCCACCGUCCCCUCGGCCCGCUUGCACAUCUUCAGGCGGCUGCUCGUGGGCUCCGACCACCCGACCAUGAACACGCCUCCACCAGAGGGCUCCGCCGCGGCCAACGGCCACGGCCUUCCCCACGGCAACGGCAGCGGCAGCAGCAGCUACCUCGGCCUGCAUCACCACGACGACGACAUCCGCCUGCACUCGCCCGCGCUGCGGCAGAGCCCGCCGCUCGACGAGCGCAAGCACGAGUGCCCCGAGGGCGACGAGCCGCCGCUCGCGCUCAUGCUCCGGACGGUCGACUUUGCAGCCUAUAAACACCGUUGCCAGCGUCGCAAGGAUCUCGACCAGACGCCGUACAUCAACCACCCUGUUGCGGUCGCCAACCUACUCUCGUCAACCGGCGUCACCGAUAUCCGGGUUCUGCAGGCCGCCGUCCUCCAUGACACAGUAGAGGACACGCAUACGACGAUUGAGGAAGUAAUCCGCGCGUUUGGGCCAGAGGUCGCGUCAAUCGUCGAGGAGUGUACCGACGACACGACGUUGACGGGACAGGAGCGCAAGGCGGAGCAGCUGCGGACCGCACCGCUCAAGAGCCGGGAAGCGCAGCAGGUCAAGCUGGCCGACAAACUGCACAACCUCGAGUCCAUCAGCCGCUCCCCACCAGUCGGCUGGACGGUCCGCCGUAUCCAGGCCUACUUCAUCUGGGCCAAGCACGUCACCGACAUCUGCGGGCCAUCGCACCCUCCGCUAGCGGCGCGCCUACAAACACUAUACGAGACGGCACAUACCCGCGUCAAUGGCGAAUAUUUCCCAUGUCACCCGGACGUGUGUGGCCCGCUCACUGACCAGGAGAAGAAGCGCGUCGAUCCGCGCUUUGCGCUCUGCCAGGCGGGUGACAACCCGUGUCCGAGUCCCAUUUUCUUCUAGGCGUAGGCGCCACCAUCAUUAUUGUACAGUACAUGCAUCGGGUUGGGCAG